AAAGGGAUCCCAGAUCAAACUUUGUUGUCCCGCGCGUUUCCAAGCGCCACUAGCCCCGUGAUGAAGAAGCAAACCGAAGAUGCUCUCAAAUCUCCGCAGCCCAACCCCGCCUUUCUCCCUCGGCGUGAACGGGGUCUGGUCACCGGACGAGAAGCUCUGCUUCAAGCUCCUACAGCAGAUCCGCUCAACGCCCCCUUCUUCCUCUUCUCGCCAUCUCUCCUCCCUUCAUCAAAUCCACGCCUUUCUCCUCCGCCGCUCCCUAUACAGCAACAUCCACCUCCUUACUCUCCUCAUCUCGACCCUUUCCAAUGUUGCCGCCGCUCUCUCCGGCACUUUUCCUGUUGCUUCCAUGUCCGCUCUACACCUCGCCCGCCGCGUCUUCGACUGUCGCAUUGCACAGGACACACUUCUCUGCAACUCCAUGAUCCGUUCUCUCGUCCAAAAUCGUCAGCACCACGAAUCGGUUUCUCUCUACCGAGACCUCCGGCGAUUGCCGGACUUCUACCCUGACAGCUAUACUUUCCCUUUCCUUCUUAAAGCCUGCGUCUUUUUGCACAAACCAGGAGAUGUGAGAGAAGGCUCGCAGUUGCACGCUCAUAUUGCCAGAAUGGGGUUUGGCUGUAAUCUAUUCGUGUCCACAGGGUUGGUUGAUAUGUAUGCCAAAGCUGGAAAGUUGAGCUCCGCAAGGAAAUUGUUUGAUGAAAUGCCCGACAGAUGCCCCGCGUCAUGGACUGCAAUGACAGUUGGUUAUGCGAGUAGUGGAGAAGCCGAAGCAGCCAUGGAUAUGUUUCGGUUGAUGCCGGAGAAGGACACGGCAGCAUUCAAUGCUAUCAUCAACCUUUUCGUAAAAUCAGGCGACAUGGAUUCUGCCCGAAAGUUGUUCGAAGAAAUGCGUCAAAAAAAUGUGGUGUCUUGGACUACUUUGCUUUCUGGGUACUGUCAUGCCGGCGACAUGAUUUCUGCAAGGCAUCUGUUUGAUGAAAUGGCUGACAAGAAUCUUUUCUCCUGGAACGCCAUGAUUGGUGGUUACAGCUCCAACCGGCAGCCUCACAAGGCAGUAGAGCUCUUUAGAGAGCUGCAGUCACACUCAUCCCUGUUCGUCCCAGAUGAAGUCACGCUAGUGAGCAUCAUUCCCGCCAUUGCUGACAUGGGUGCGAUGGACCUCGGCCGAUGGAUCCACAGCUAUGCUCGGCGGCGGGAGCUUGACGACACGAUCAAGGUUUGCAACGCAUUGAUAGACAUGUACGCAAAAUGCGGCGAUGUAAAUGAGGCAAAGAAAAUCUUCACCUUGAUGCUUAAAAAAGAAACAGCUUCAUGGAACGCUCUUAUCAACGGACUGGCUGUAAACGGAAGGGCAAGGGAGGCUUUGGCUGCGUUCAUGGAGAUGCAGCAGAGUGGAGUUAGCCCUGAUGAGGUAACGAUGGUUGGGGUACUGUCAGCUUGUAGCCAUGGUGGGCUUGUUGAGGAAGGGAGGAGGUGGUUUAAGGAGAUGGAGAAUUUUGGCAUUGAUCGGAACUUGGCACACUAUGGCUGUAUGGUGGACAUGUUUGGGCGAGGAGGGUAUUUGGAUGAAGCUGAAGCUCUUAUCAAUAAUAUGUCUUCUGGUCCCAAUGGGAUUAUAUUAAGCUCUCUGUUGUUUGCCUGCCUUUGUUGCAGAGAUGUUAGCAGGGCAGAGAGGGUGAUGAAGAUGGCGGCUGCGGUGGAGCCGGGAAAUGUGAGGAAUUAUGUGAUGAUGAGGAACUUGUAUGCUGCAGAGAACAGAUGGGGUGAUGUGGAAAUUGUGAAGGGGUUGAUGAGGAGGUUUGGAGGGAAGGAGGAAGCUGGGUGUAGUGGAGUUGAGGUUGAGAGCAAGAUUUGGGAGUUUGUUGCUGGGGAUAGUGUGCAUCCUGAAUCAGAGAGGAUCUAUUUGGUGCUCAGAGAUUUGCAGUUGCAAAUGAAAGUUCAAAUGGGAGAUGAGGUGGAGUUAUUAUUGGCUUUUUCAAGCUUUUAGAGGAGGAGAAAUUGAAGUUUAAAUAUGGCAGUUUAAGCUCAAUCUGCUUAUAUACUUUCAUUAGGAUUUGUAAUCCUUUACAGAGCCAAAAAAUUCAACACCGGUCCGAAGAUUUGCAUGCAUACCACUCUAGUCCUAUGUAUUUACAUAUGUACCACCUAAACUUAUAUUCUUACAUGUCACCUUAUCCAUGCAUGAAAAGGUGUAUUUCACGUUUUAAAAGUUAAAAUGGGGAUAUUUUUAAGGUGAUAUGAAAGAUUUGGGUGGUGUAAAUGUAAAAAAGUAAAGUUCUGGUGUCAUAUAUGUGAAUUUAUUGGAAUUGGGUGGCAUGUAUGUAAAUGCUCCAAAAAUAAAAUCACUGGUGCAUAGUAAAUUGGAAUAUAUGAUUUUUCUAGUGGCCUUUUUGUUGAAAUUUUGGGUGGAUAAAAACAUUAGUCUUUAUGUAAAGUAAUACAAUACAGGAAAUGGUUUAAAGGAUGGCAAUGGAAGGAGAAAAAUCU